CCGUCCUUUGCACCUUUUAGUAGCAACAGGCAGUGGGUAUGUGGGCUACUGGCAGUACGACAAGUACAAACAACAAGAACUCGAACGUAAAGGAUUAGAAGGGCUGAGACAACAGCACAUAGCUGCUGCAUGGCAGGCAUCCCUAGAAGCACAGCUAAUUAGCCACUCGCCAACAGCUACUGGACUCAGCAGUGAGAAAGCCACCGUUCUCGAACUCCGUACGUCUAGGGUCAGUGUGACUUGGGUCCCACCACGCCAGAAUUUGGGAUGUUUUGACAGCCUGAAUCCUGAUCUGAGUGAAUACCUUGUAAAUACUGCCCACAUGCAAUUAUCUGUCAGAAGAAAUAACAAUUAUAAAGAAGGUGCAUAAUUGCAUACAAUUAUAAAAAUGUUGUAUUUACGAAUCAAACAGUUAUUAAAGAAGAAAGAAAAGGGGAAAAAGGGCCCAUAUAAUUAAACCGUUCAAAUGUGCACAAGGUUGAAGCUCAUGUCUUCCAGAAGCUGGAUAUGUCCAUUUUAUGGCACCAACUCCUAUUCACCGAUCACCAGUAGAACUUUCCAACUUGAACUCCAUUGAAUCAAGCAUUCCGGUCAGAUUGAAUCCUACAGCCGGUUCCCUCAACCUUCUUCUUUCUUCAUCUCCUGCCGAAAAAGACCACGACCCCCACCAGUAUCCGUCACAAAGUCUCUCCACCCAGCUUUCUCCAGAACCUUUUUCCAUUCCACCAUCCUGAUUGGCUGACCCAGCAUUCCUAAAUUGAACAUCACAAUCCCUUAUCUUUAACUGAAACAAAAACACAAUCAGCAGAGCACGCUGCUUCGACAGAAGACUAUUAAAUUAAACAUCCUACAGCAUUAGCAGUAAAAAAAAUCUUAACUAUGGUGUUACAUAAGCUGGUGAUAAAUAGAAAUGGUGGAAACUGCUAAUUCCUUAUUGCUCAUAUUUCCUGAUGACACAGAAGGCGGCCGCUUGGCCUGUGCUAGUAAAUGGUGGUUCUCAAAGUUAUCUCAUCAUUCACAAUCCCCCAUCUAUUCUCUCUCACAUGCCCAUUAAUACCCUUCCUCUUGAAUCUUCUACUACUCAUAGUGACCAAUUCCCUCCCAACCUCCACAUCUUGAGGUGAGGAGAGAUUGGAGCACACAAGAGAAAUACAUGGAGAACAUGUGGUACUGGAGGUCAAAAUUCAGCCUAGGGUAUUAGAACUGAAAAAUCUAAAAUACAGAUAUAAUGGAGUAUGAAGGUAGUGUUCCUGACUCUAAAUAUAAUGUCAAUUAGAGCUGAAAGAGCUCGGCAGGUCAGGUGUUGUCUGUGGAAAGAUCAACGGGGUUAACAUUACAAGUUGAAAGCACUUCAGAAAUUAAAAGGUAAGAAACCAAUUAGUAAAUAAUAGAGAGGAUGGAGAGAGAUGGAUAGAGCGAAAGAUGAGACUAAGACCACUUGGUUGAUAGAUGAAGGGAAAUCAGAGAGAGGGACAUAAUAAAAAGAAAUAUGUUCUUCCCCAAGUUCUGAUGAAGUCCCUUGACCUGAGUAGUUGGUAGUGAACCUUUGUCUUGCGAAUGAUGAGGAUAAGACCCAUCCUCUGGUACACUUUGUUAAAUGAGUCAGUGACCCUUUGGAGCUCAGCUUCUGGGAGCAUAAGGACAUAAGCAUUUCCUGCAUGGGGUGAUGUGAGUUUGGUUCUGGAUAGUAGUCAUCAUAGAUUGAAUAGUUUCCUGUUUCUUCUGAAGUUAUCUGCUUUGUUUAAAAAAAAACAAAUAGGUCAUUAAUGACAGGAACAGACAAAAUGCUGAGGGAAUUCAGUAGGUCAGACUGCAUUUAUGGAGGGAAAUGAACAGUCGAUUUUUUGGGCUGUGACAUUUCACAAUCGGAAAGAAAGGGGGCAGAAGCCAGAAUAAGAAGGUAGGGAGAGGAGUACAAGCUAGAAGUUAAUGGGUGAGUUCAGGUGGAGGGGAGGGGAAUGAUGUAACUAGCUGGGAGGCAAUAUAUGGAAGAGGCAAAGGAUUGAAGAAGAAAGAAUCUUAUAGGAGAGGACAGUGGAAUUUGAAUAAAGGAAAGGAGGAGAAUCAGAGGGAGAUGAUGGAUGGCCAUGAGGGUGGAAGAGAAAGAAUGUGGGACACAUUAAUGAGGGAAAACAAAGAGGGUAGGAGGAAGGAAAACAAGUGAUGAUUGCCAGAAGUUAGAGAAAUUGAUGUUGAUGCUCUGGUAGGAAUCCAUCAAGGCGGAAUAUUUUCCUCCAACCUGUGUCUGGUUUCAUUGUGGCAGUCGAAGGCCAUGGACAAACUGAGCCUGAAUGCCGCAAACAGACUUUGUUAUAAUUACUGAUACACAAAUAUAAUUUUGGAGUUAAUGAGGAUGAAUGUAUGUGGAUAAGUCAUUUGGCAAAGGUAGGAAAAUGGAAAAGGAGAUGGGAGGGUAUUGAUAAUAAUGGUUGGGAUUGAGGCAAUCAAUAGAAAUUACCUUACCAAGAAAAUUAGAAUGUAGAAUUAUUGGCAGUAGGGCUAACAAAUAACCAAGAACUAGAUGCUUAAUUAUUUGGAAAAUAAGUAAUAUGUUAGCCUUUAUUCCAAGAGUAGGUAGGAGUUAAGAAUCCUUGUAUAAUUAAAUAGUACUUUGAGAUGACCACAGCAAGAGCAAUUGGUACAUCUGAAGCAACACACACAAAAUGCUGAAGGAACUCAGCAGGCUAUUAGUAGUAACAAGCAUCCAAUCGCAAAAGCCCUCUCCCAUGUGUCUCUUAAUAACUAAUUUUGGAUCUAAUUUGCCAAUGCAUUGGAUUCCACGAAUGCUAUCCUUUUGCACAAGUCACUUUGUCAAAGGGCUUACUGAAAUCUAUGUAAACCACAUCUACUUGACUGCCCAUGUCUGUGCACUUCGUUACCUCCUCAAAAAAUUCAAUCAGGUUGGUCAAACAAGAUCUUCUCUUGAUAAAGCCAUGCUGGCUAUCUCAGAUUAGUCCCUGCCUUUCCAUUCACUCAUUAAUCCUGUCCGUUAGAAUCUUUUCCCCCAAAAGCUUUGAUAAGAACCUUUAUUUAAUCCUGCCUUUCUAAUUCCUUUUUAACUGACUUCCUAUACUUCUUUAUACUUUUGAUAGGCCUACCCCAAUGUAAUUUUUCAUACCUGCCAGAUGCUUCCUAUUUUCUCUUUAUCCAAUCUUCGAUGUUCCUAGACAUUUGGGGUUCUCUGUACCUAUUACUUUUGGCUUUCACCCACCAGGAAACAUGGUGACCCUGAACUAUUGUUAUUUCUCAUUUGAAUGUUUUCCACUAUGUAGAUGUAUCUGAAAGUAGAUGCUCCCAAUCUACCGUUGCCAGGUCUUGUCUUUUUUUUAAUGACAUUUGUCUCUUCCACUUAUUAAAGACCUUCAUUCCUGGUCUCUCCUCAUCUUUUUUUCAUAAUCACUUUGACAUAUGUAAAGGUAAGGUCAAAUAUUUCCAAAAUCUUCCCCAUUGACAUUCUCUACCUGACUGACUACAUUACCAAAGACACAAUUAGAUGAUGCUCCCUCCCUUGUUGGUCUAGCUCGUUACUGUGUCAAAUUGCUUUUUGUCAUACCUCAAAAAUACAUGCGUAGAAAUUUCCUUUAAUUAAAUACUAGAAAGACUGAAGCCUACCAUCUUGGCUUGUUCCAUCUCCAUUCCUUUUCCUGGUAAAUUUCUAAAACUAAAUGAGAUUGUUUGCAUUCUCUUUUUCAUAACCAUAUAACUAUUACAGCAUGGAAACAGGCCAUCUAUUCUGUGCCGAACACUUAUUCUCACCUAGUCCCACCGACCUGCACUCAGCCCAUAACCCUCCAUUCCUUUCCUGUCCAUAUACCUAUCCAAUUUUACUUUAAAUGACAAUAUCGAACCUGCCUCUACCACUGCUACUGGAAGCUCAUUCCACACAGCUACCACUCUCUGAGUAAAGAAAUUCCCCCUCGUGUUACCCCUAAACUUUUGCCCCUUAACUCUCAACUCAUGUCCUCUUGUUUGAAUCUCCCCUACUCUCAAUGGAAAAAGCCUAUCCACAUCAACUCUAUCUAUCCCCCUCAUAAUUUUAAAUACCUCUAUCAAGUCCCCCCCUCAACCUUCUACUCUCCAAAGAAUAAAGACCUAACUUGUUUAAUCUUUCUCUGUAACUUCGGUGCUGAAACCCAGGUAACAUUCUAGUAAAUCUUCUCUGUACUCUCCCUAUUUUGUUGACAUCUUUCCUAUAAUUCAGUGACCAGAACUGUACACAAUACUCCAUAUUUAACCCUAUUUGAACAACAGACUACAUAAAUAGUGCUGUUAGAUGAAAAGACCAUAAGUAGUAUUAGGCCAUUUGACCCAUUGGUCAGUGCCACCAUUCCAUCAUGGCUGAUCUACUAUCCCUCUCAGUCCUAUUCUCCAGUCUUUUCCCUGUAACCUUUGACAUCCUGAUUAAGCAAGAACCUAUCAACCUCUGCUUUAAAUAUACUAUUGACUUGGCCUCCAAAGGUGUCUGUAGCAAUGAAUUCCACUGAUUUACAACCCUCUGGCUAAAGAAAUACCUCCUCAUUUCUAUUGUAAACAGAUGCCCCUCUAUUUUUAUGUUGUGCCCUCUGGUUCUGAACUCACCCACUAUAGGAAACAUCCUCUCCAAAUCCACCCUACCUAGGCCUUUCAAUAUCAGAUAGGUUUCAAUACAAAUGCCACUCCACUUUCAAUUCUUCAUGAUGUGAGAAACAAAAACCAUCCUGUGAGUAGCAGUUGUGUGGGGAAAAAAUACCUUGUUAAUGAGUGAGGUCAGAGGAGAAUGGCCAGACUGGGUGAAGUAGGCAGGAAGGCUACAGUAACUCAAAUACCCACAUUCAAAGUUUAAAGUAAAUUUAUUAUCAAAGUACAAACAUGUCACUGUAUACAGUCUAGAGAUUCUUUUUCUUGCAGAUGUACAAUGUCCUGGGUAUGUUACUCAAAAUGGCCUCUUUGGUUUGUUACAAGUAGGAAUGUUUCUUUGUCGGAUAAGUGUUUCUCUAGCCGUUGUUUCACUUUAGAAUGGCUGAUAUGGUAAUUGUAUUCAUUUGUUAAUCAAUGGGGAAUGUCAUUGUGUCUUGUGAUGCUGGGAACUUGGGGGAGGGGUUUUCGCGGGUUUUUUGGGGAGAGGCCGAGGAAGACACUGAAGAAGGUGGACGUGUGCUGGACUGCUCGUAAGACCACCGGGGUGGUCCCAGGUGCGAUGGCCGGAUGGGUCGAUUGGUUCGUUGAUUGAGCUCCAACGAGUGCACUAAACAGACUGAACUUUGAUAAGUGGCGCCUUUUGUUUUUUUUCCUUGUGUAUAUAUAUUGUAUUGCUUACUACUCUUUUUAAUUUUAGUAAACUCUUUAAAGUGUAUUUCAUAACGGUAUUUGUUGUGGAUUUGAUACUGUUGGCGGGCUCGAGGCGUAAACUCGAUUCUCACAGCACCUGCGUGUACGGGAGGUGGGUUGGAGAAUGGCUGGAUCCCCUUUUUCCCCUAGACAUAUACCAGCCUGUUGGGUAAGGGUUACAUUUGUGGGGGGCUCGUCCCGGAUUGGAUUGUCAGGGGCUGUGGAAUCGCGAAGGCGGCAGAGCGGAGAUGGACAGAGACAAGUUUGUUUGUUGGUGUCAGUUUGAAGGUGUACCAGUACAGUACGCAUGCGUAGUGAGCGGAGUGGAUUUUCGAGUUUCGGGAGACGCGAUAGUGCGGGGUUUAAGUUCGGUGAAGGGUAUUGGGCAGGUAGAAUUGGUAGCUAGACGGUGUGGUAAAGAGGUGGAGUUUAGCUGGGUGUUGGUUCGUACGAGUGCUGAAGUCAGGACGGUGGAACUGCCGGCGACGGUCAGUGUACCGGGGGAGGAGGGGCUGUGGGGGCUCCACUUCUACAAGGAUGAGGCUGAGGAGACAUCGGAGGAGGAGCUAGAGCCAGAGGUGGACCCCAGAGAGGUGGCUGGCACUAGUAAAGGGAGGUGGGAGGAGGGAGUCGUGACUAAGCCCCACUCCCCAGGUAGGGUGGAAGUCUCGGAGCUGGCAGCCGCACUUAACUCCCUGGUGGGGGUGGCUGAGAGGCCACGGCUGAAGCUGGGGGUGUUCUCCGGAGCCAAGCCUACUCCGGAUGGGGAGGUGGACUAUGAGACCUGGAUCGAGCAUACGUCUUUGAUGUUAGAGGAGUGGCCAGGCUCAGAGAAGGAGAAGAGGCAGCGAUUGCUGGGAAGUUUGAGGGGUUUAGCAGCCAAAACCGUCCGGGAGUUGAAAGCUGAGAAGCCUGGGGCCUCAGUGGAGGACUGCCUAGAAGUUUUGGAGGGAGCGUUUGGGUUGUCAGGGGAACCCUGGCUGCUUUUAGCAGAGUUUCAACGCCUGGAACAAUGGAGAGGGGAAAAGCUCUCCGAGUACAUAUUUAGGAUGGAGGGGAUGCUCUCGGGGCUGCGGCGCCGAGGGGUAGUGAAGGCGAUUGACGUGGCUAGCGUGAGGAUGAGUCAGCUAUUCAGUGGGUCUCUGGAGGAGGACAAGGUGGCGUGGACUAUCCGGCAAGCUUAUAGGAAAGGUCCCCCUCCAUCCUUCGGGCAACUGAUUAGAGAGGUGCGAGAGGAAGAGAGAGCGUUGGGGCGGAAAAGGGGCACGGGCCUACGGGAGCAAUCCUCAGCGAUACAGGAAGUGGUGGCUGAGUGGAGGAAUGACAAUCCCCCGGGGAGUAGGGAACCCCCUUUGGAGGGGAGGGACAGGGGAGGUACCUACUCUCAGGGGCGAUCAGUGCAGUGGAUUGGGAGCAGGAGCUGUCCUGGGAGAGGAGGGGCGGCCGGCAGUGUGUGCUUUAACUGUGGGAAAGAGGGGCAUUUCAGGCGGGACUGUGGAAGGCCGAGGGUGUGCUAUAGCUGUGGAGAGGAGGGUCACUUUAGGUGGGAUUGUGAGAGACAAGGACUCCCGCGGAGGACAAGCCCCCCUAUGACUAAAAAGGGAGAGGUGUCGGGAAACUUAGGAGAGGCUCAGUGAGGGAACGGACUGGAGCCUCUGGAAGAACACGUUCCCAGAGAUCAGCCGGAAGACCACCGGGUGCCCACGCCUCUGUUCCGGAUGGGCUGGUAGGACCCCGUGCCAGUGUGGGUCUACGGAUAGAGGGAAUUUACGCAAAAGCCGUUCUUGAUACGGGAUCGCAGGUGACCUUAUUGUACCGGUCUUUCUACAAUCAACAUCUAAAGCAUUUGCCCGUAUCACCAUUUGACGCCCUGCAGAUUUGGGGUGUGAGCGAGGGUGACUACCCGUACGAUGGGUACCUAUCGGUGAGAUUGGAGUUCUCGGAGGGCGACGUGGGAGUGUCGGAAGCUAUUGAGACGUUGGUGUUGGUGUGUCCUGACCCGGUGGAAACCGGUGGUGCUGCCCUCCUGGUGGGGACUAACUCCCCAGUUGUGCGACGGCUCCUGGGAGCUUGUAAGGAGAAAGGGGGGGAAGACUUUCUGGAGACCCUCUCGGUGCAUCCAGUGUUUCGAGCAGUGUUCGCAGAAGGGGUUGCCUCCCAAGGGCUGGACCCGGAGUGUAAACGAGGGACGGUGUGGUGUACGCAGGCGAGGCCCAAGGUGAUCCGACCCGGGGAGGUAGCCCUAGUGAUGGGGACCCCCAGAUUCCCAGGAGUGCCGACGGGAGAAGCCCUGUUAGUAGACGCCCCAGACGAUCUUGAAGGGGAGACACGAUUUCCGGCGGGGGCGCUGGUGAGGCCCGAAGUGCGGAGACCAGGGGUGGUACAUGCGAGGCGUAUAGCUAUAAGUGUCAGGAACACCACGGCAAGAGAAAUCACCUUUAAGAGGGGAAUGCCGCUGGCACAUCUGUUCCCGGUGACGGUAAUGUCCAGCGCACCAGUGCGGACCCUUAACGGGGAGGGAUCGGAGCAUCGAAGGGAGCUGACCGCUGAAGUCUUUAACUUCGGGGAUUCCCCAGUGUCGCCGGAGUGGAAACGCAGGCUAGUGGAGAAGAUGCUGAAGAUGGAAGCUGUUUUUUCUCGGGGCGAGUUUGAUGUUGGCUGCUCCAAAAGCACUCGCCACACCAUCUGGGUGACGGAGGACACCCCGUUCCGAGAGAGAUCCCGGCGGCUGGCUCCGGCAGAUGUUGAGGACGUGCGACAGCACUUGUGCAAGUUGAAGGAGGCCGGAAUCAUAGCUGAGUCUCGAAGUCCUUAUGCGUCCCCAAUAGUGGUGGCACGGAAGAAGAAUGGGCGAGUGCGCAUGUGUGUUGACUACAGGACGUUGAAUCGGCGAACUGUCCCUGAUCAAUAUACUGUCCCAAGAGUCGAGGAUGCUUUGGCCUGCCUGAGCGGUGCGAAGUGGUUCAGUGUGCUGGAUUUAAGAAGUGGGUAUUACCAGAUCCCGAUGAGUGCGGCCGAUAAAGAGAAGACCGCUUUUAUCUGCCCGCUGGGGUUCUUUCAGUUCGAACGAAUGCCCCAAGGCAUAUCCGGAGCCCCAGCCACCUUCCAGAGGCUCAUGGAGAGAACUGUGGGGGAUAUGAAUCUGUUGGAGGUGCUGGUGUACCUGGACGAUUUGAUAGUGUUUGGAUCGACUUUGGAGGAACAUGAGGAGAGACUGUUGAAGGUGUUGGGCCGGCUUAAUGAAGAAGGGUUGAAGCUUUCCCUGGACAAAUGCCAGUUCUGCAAGUCGUCGGUUAACUACAUUGGCCAUAUCAUUUCGCGAGAGGGAGUGGCUACUGAUCCAACCAAGAUAGAGGCUGUGACCACCUGGCCGAGACCCCAGAAAGUGGGUGCUCUGCGCUCAUUUUUGGGGUUCUGUGGGUAUUACCGGCGAUUUGUGAAAGGAUACGCCAAAGUGUGUCACCCGUUAACUCAGCUGUUGUGUGGCUAUCUCCCGGUGGGGAAGAAGAGGACGGGGAACCAGAGGCAGGAUGCUGGAGGAUACUGGAACCCGGCGGAACCUUUUGGCUCGAGAUGGGAUGAUCAAUGUGAAGAGGCGUUCCGAUCUUUGAAAAGGGCACUGACCCAGGCCCCGGUGUUGGCUUUUGCCGAUCCCCAGAAGCCAUAUGUGCUGCACACGGAUGCCAGCCGAGAGGGUCUCGGGGCUGUUCUGUACCAGGAGCAUGGCAAAGCAUUGAGACCGGUAGCCUUUGUCAGCCGAAGCUUGUCGCCAUCGGAGAGAAACUAUCCCACUCACAAGUUGGAGUUCCUGGCGCUGAAGUGGGCGGUGGUGGACAAGCUGGGCGAUUACCUUUACUGAGCCAAGUU